CUAUUCACCCCCCCUCUAGACUUUGUAGCUCACCACUUUGGGACCACCAAUAGGUAUCAAAGCCUACUUCUCACCAUCUACCUCUAGAUUAACGAGAAGCGAUCAUAAUGGUGAACAAUAUGGAUCACGGUUUGCCCAAGUUUUCUCUUCUAGGCUAUGAUGAUUGGAAGAUCAUGAUGGAAGCACAUCUCUAUGCCCUACAUGAUUGCAUGUGGAUGGUGCUUGAAGAUGGACCCUUGAAGAUUCAAAUGGAGAAUCCAGAGAGGAAUCCAACAAAUCCAGAUGUAGUAAAGUAUAUUCCUAAGCCCAAGGAGAAAUGGGAUGAUAGAGAUUGCAAAAAGCACAAUCUGGAAAACAUCGCCAAGGCAGCCAUUUUGAAGACACUUGAUCCCAUCACCUUUUCAAAAAUCAAGCAUGUCAAGACUGCCAUGGAGAUAUGGCAAGGUCUUGGGAAGUUGUGUGAGGGAUCGGAGGACCUAAGAAAGCAGAAGAUAGAGGUUCUGCUUGAGAAGUUCAAAGGCUUCAAAAUUCUUCCCGAAGAAUCAUUUGACAUGAUGGAUGAAAGAUUCCACAAGAUUCUAAAUGAUCUUGCAUCACUUAACCACGUUCUUUCUCUCAAAGAAAAGAAUGUAAGGUUACUGAGGUCUCUUCCAGCUGAGUGGUACACCAAAGCCACAGCCAUGGAAGAAGGAAGAAAUCUGGAGAACUACAUUGUCCGAGGUCUCAUAGAUGAGCUCAGAACCUAUGAGCACGAGCUGAAGAAGAAGAAGGAAGAACAAGUCACUCCAUUUCCCACGGCACUGAUGACAACUCCCAGAGUCCCAGCAAGCGAAGAGACAUGCCCACGGAAAUGUGACACUCCUUCCUCCAGCCAGCCACCGAGUUCAAAGACGGAGAACUACGAAGAGGAGCUUGCAAUGAUGAUCAAGCAGUUUCGGAAUGACAAGGAUGAAGAGAUCAAUGAAGGAGAUAGAAUGAAGCCUACGGAGUUCAUUCCAUUCGGAAGUCUACCACUGAAGAAUUCACAAAGAAAUCCGGACAGUGCUGAGCCUACCGGAAAUCAUGGCCAGCCUUCCAACAUUCCGGAUCACUCACAUGGCGACCAUUCCGGAAAUGGCGAUCAAGAGCCAAUCCAUCCGGAAACACCAACAAACUCUGUUCUUCAACCGGAAGCUGAACUAGAUCAGCCAGUCAAUCCUAAUCAACACAAUCUUCAUUGGUUAAGGGAUCAUCCUCCUCAACAAGUCAUUGGAGAUAUUCAAUCAGACGUUCGCACAAAGAGUGCUCAACAGAAUCUAGAAGCCAUGCUUGCUUGUUUCAUUUCACAAGUGGAACCAAAGAGCAUUGUAGAAGCUCUAGCUGAUUCUGAUUGGAUCAACGCAAUGCAAGAAGAACUCAACCAAUUCACCAAAAAUGACAAAUUAGAAGCCAAAUGUUCUUCACCGGCGUUCUAUCAAACUUAUUUGGAGAUGAUUGCUGCACAGGAACUCUCCGAAUUCAUUCAUCUGAAAAUCGGCUUCAUGUAUGAAGACAAAGUUCUUGAAUUUUACAAGAAUGGGAAGAUCUCAACGAUUCAAUCCAAGAAGAACUCACAGAGGACAAUUCAAGUAAUUAAGUCCACUGUUGGAGGCACCAAGGUGAAGAUUUCUCAGAAGAAAUUGAUGAAAAAGCUCCAUCUUCCCAAUUCUAGAAUUGAAAUUGGGAGGCUCCCGUCCAAGAAUCUGGACUGGAAAACUAUUGGAAUUUCUGGACAAAUCCCCUCUGGCCCAGCAAAGAAGGCCGACUUGAAGAAUGACUAUAAAUUGGUCCUAGAGCUAGUCAUUACAUACCUAGAAUGUGGGAGUGGAGGACAUGCAGAUGACAUAACUCAAGAAAGAGCAUUCAUCAUCAACGCCCUUAUCACUAGAACCAAGGUGAAUUGGGCUAAACACUUUUUCAACUGUGUUUCAAAGCACUUAGAAAAGCCCAAGCAGAAAUAUCUCUGUGAAGGACUGUACGUUGGGUACAUUUUGGAAUCCUUGGGUGUUGCUUCUGAAGGCAAGAAGUAUGAUGCCAGAUAUUGGCUCUACUAUCUUUCAUCCAAAGGAGAAAUCAGAACAAGCCCUACUGCAGAAGAUGAAGGCUCUUCCGACAAUGUCCUAAUUGAGAAUGCAGCUACUCCCCAGCAAGAACAGAUUCAAACAGCAUCUGAAGAAAAGCUUCUACAAUCCCUCCAAUUUCAAGUCCAAGAGAUCCUCACAACAACUUGUGAGAUCUCCAGUCAGACUGGACCUGAAAUUCCGGAGAAAUUAUUAGAAGAUCUGGAGAAGUCCACUCCUCUAAAAACUACAGCAAAUGUAGCUCAAGAAAAACCAGUCGUUGAUGUCCAAAGAAGCUUUGAAGAAGCUGAAAGAGAAGCUCAAAUAGCUAGGCUGGAGGUCUCUGAAACUCCAGUGGCUAUCUUUGAGCAGCCAAUUGAAGAUGAAGUCAGAGAUUCCCUCUCUAGGGAUAUCUCAAAUUAUGGAAAUAAAGAAACAGAGGAAGAGUCAGUGAAGACCCUGAAGAUUAAUGAAGAAGAAGCUGAGCAAGGAGAUGAUGUUGAAUCUCUCUCUCUCUCUGCAACUCUUCCAUAAAGCACCUUCUUCAAAUCAGGUAACAAACUUUCACUUUCACAGCUCUUCAGCAACCACACCUCCGGAUGAGAUACCGGAAGCCUGGAUAAGGAAGGUCCAAGGGUUGAAUGAGUCAGCCCUGAAGUCUCAACAUGCCUCUUUUACGCAAGAGAUAGAGCAGAUGGAAACAACGCACAACCAAUUGAUGGAAAAAUCUGAAGAAAAGUAUUGCUCAAAU